GCGAGUGAGCUCAGCGCCCGGGGUUCUUUAAAUGGGACCCCGGCGUCCGGGACUCCGCUGCGGCUCAGGGCAGGUCCCGGGCGCUGGGUUCCCCAGGGCGGCCCCUGGCGGCGGAGCGCGGCGCUGACAGGUCCCAUGCCCCACGGCGCUGCCCCACUCAGGAUGUCGGUGCCCCUGGCCGAGCUCCCCACCAGCCCCCUGGCCCUGGAAUAUCUCAACGACUUUGACCUGCUGAAGUUUGAGGUCAAACGUGAGCCGGCUGGCCCGAUGGGCGGGGCCUCCCUGGGCCCCUCCCCCUGCAGCUCAGUGCCGCCCUCCCCCCCGCUGCGCGAGGUGGGGCUGGGGGCCGGAGGGGACCCCACGGCGGGGCUGGAGGAGCUGUACUGGCUGGCUGCGCUGCACCAGCAGAUGGCGGGGGGCGGGGAGGGGCUGGGGAUCAGCCCAGAGGAGGUGGUGGAGGCCCUGCUGGGGGGGGCGGCCGAGGGGGGCUUCUGCCCCGGGGGGCCGCUCCAGCAGCAACAGCAGCUCCCGCCCCUCCGGGACCGUUUCUCGGACGAGCAGCUGGUGGGCAUGUCGGUGCGGGAGCUGAACCGCCGCCUGCGGGGCUUCGGCAAGGACGAGGUGCUGCGGCUGAAGCAGAAGCGCCGCACGCUGAAGAACCGCGGCUACGCCCAGUCCUGCCGCUCCAAGCGGGUGCAGCAGCGCCACCUGCUGGAGGCCGAGAAGUCCCAGCUGGCCCAUGAGCUGGACGCCCUGCGGGGGGAGCUGGCCCGGCUCGCCCGCGAGCGCGACCUCUACAAGGCCCGAUGGGAGGAGCUGCUGCCCCAGCCCCCCUCGCCCGCCCAGUUCUUCCUCUGAGCCGCCCCCGGGCACUGGGGGGGGCAGCAGGGGGCGCUGCUCCGGGAAGGACUCAGGGGGUGUCCUUCCGCCCCUGGCCUGCAGGGGGCGCUGCUCCGGGAAGGACUCAGGGGGUGUCCUUCCGCCCCUGGCCUGCAGGGGGCGCUGCUCCAGGAAGGAUUUAGGGGGUGUCCCUCUGCCCCUGGCCUGCAGGGGGAGCUGCUCCAGGAAGGACUCAGGGGGUGUCCCUCCGCCCCUGGCCUGCAGGGGGAGCUGCUCCGGGAAGGACUCAGGGGGUGUCCUUCCGCCCCUGGCCUCCAGGGGGCGCUGCUCCAGGAA